ACGCGUAGUAGCAGCGAUAAGUAUGUCAACGUGCCUCGAAUUGUCGCAAUGCUGCCGGUGCUGCAUGAAGAGGCGAAGCGACAAAAUAAAUAUUUUUGUUACCUUGGAUGAGUUCGCAAGUCAAAUCUGUGACUUGCUUGUGGAUUGCGGCGGAAUAAUUGUUACAGAGGAUGAUGCAUUUUCCAAAUCAAUAUGCAGUUCCUGUCUGACCGACCUGUCCAAUGCGGUGCGAUUUCGCGAGCGAUGCCUUCAAACUGAUGGUAUUUUAAAACGAUCUCAGUUCGCCGGUCAUGAAUUAGCUGACGCCGACUUCAUCGCAGAAAAGUUGACCGAUACUGAACCGAUAGUUGAUGAACAUGAUCAACUAGAGAAUCUCUAUCUUGGGUUUCCGGAAACCGAACAACUGCAGCAGGAUUCAGUAGCAGAUGAUACUCAUCAUGAAUAUGAUGAAAACCAACUGAUCGUUCAAUCAAAUCUCACACCGACUGUAAGCGACCAUGACGAAACCACCGAUGUCCAACAAACAGAAAAAGUAAACGAUACAAAAACUUAUGAGCUUGGUGAUAACCCAGAGAAGAAAACGAACAAGAAGCUGUCAAGCCACAAAAAGAUGCCCCGACACAAGUCCUCAGAACAUAAAAUCAAACCAACCAGUAAACCUGCUGCUGGUACCGCUGAUGCGCCUAAGUAUAAAUGUAAAUUUUGCAAUUUAACGUUCGCUACCAAUAAUGGCUGCGCGAGGCAUAUGCGGAUCCAUACCGGCGUUAGACCGUUCAAAUGUGAAAUUUGUGGGGAAGGAUUUACCUUGAAAGGCACCCUCAAAAGACACAAGCUUAUCCACAGCAACGUGUGAAUUCGCCAAAAUGAACAUCUAAAGGAAACUUUCAGUAUAUAGCUUAUACGGAUUUUUAAUUUAAAAUACUCUAAAAACUGUUCUCUAAAAUCCAUGAGAAAUAAAUGAAUGUGAGUAAUUAAAACAA